CACUCAAACUGUCAAACGGAAAGCCACCGUAGCUACUGCUUCAGCAUGUUUCAGUUUAUUUUGCUCUUUGCUUACAAAUCAUCCCACAUGUGAUUUCAUAUAGACUUCCCGGGAGAGAAUAUACGAUAAAAUGGUUAAAACGAGUGAUGGGAAACCAACUAUGGAUAAAACAGUGUUCAAAUAUUUCGAUAAGCUCAUCAAUGUGGAUAAAGAAAUACGUCUUCGCGGUGCUUUUGAUUUGAUAUCAUUUUUUAACGAAAGUGCUCAUUCAGAUGGUGGCAAGAUAAAGGAACGCGCCUAUGCCCUGAAACGAUUAGUGCGCGGCAUUGGAUCGAAUAAUAAUGCUUCAAGAGCUGGCUUUUUCACUGCCCUCGUUGGAUACUUGGAAGAGUUUCAAAACACCGAGCUAAGCCCUACGAUUGCGGAAAUUUUUAAUUUGGUGAAGACGGAGCUGUGCGACAUAGACGAUGGCGACAGCAAAAAGCAGCAAUCCAAACUAGAGCAAAGAGUGGGACAAAUUUCAGUAUGUGGUGCAAUAAUCACUUCUGGAUUGAUAGAAGGUGCUUCUGACGACGAACUUCAAACCGUCAUGAAGGCACUCAAAAAAGGGAUGUAUAAAUCGGCAAAGCCGCUAGCUUUCUCAUACCUGAGUGAACUGGUUAAAAAGGUUGAUAAAAAGAAAUUCAACAGGAUUUUAUGGCCAUUGUUUGAAGAGAUGCUGAUCAUUCCUAAAGAGGAACAAACAAUGGAUACAGUUCACUUUCUCCUGGUGGCUUCCGCCUUCCAUGGGAAAUCAAUAAAUGGACAGUUUUACGAGAAUAAUUUCGCUAGUCCACAGAUGCUUCAUGUUAAAAAUUAUGGAUAUCUGGCUGGUCUUCUUUGGGACAUUCCCAACACAGACACUAUCAAUCAUCCCUACUACGAUUUUUUGAUUGAACAAUUGGUGAAACAAAACAAGAUGGUAGAAUUUUGGACCCAUGGAGUAGAUCCAAUACUAUCGGAUUCAAACAGUGCUCACAAGUACAAGGAUAUAGUUGCAUUGCGAGUUUUUAUCACAAUCCUAAACAAAACGGAGAAUUUUGAUGAUAUUCUAAAUAUUCUCAGUUCCGCAAUGUUGGAAAUGGUAUUGAAUCGUGUGAAAUCUUUCUCGCAACUAAGCGAAGACGUUCGUGACUUAUAUCAGGAGGCUUUUGAGGCGUUGAAUGAUAUCUACACGAAGAUAACGGAAGAAAGCAAGCUUAAGCUUUUCGAAAAACUAAUCGAUUCGCCGAGCAGCAUUCUGAUUGAGAAGCAUGCUAAUGUGAAGAUAAUUCAAAAUUUAUUAAACACAAUGGACGGCGAUAGUGUGAAAAAAGUUGCAAUCGUCCUUAAAAAGUUUAUUAUUGCCGAUGACAGGACGGAUGUCCUGAAUUCGGAACGGACACAUGCUGCACAUCUUUUGCAGAAACUUCUGACGAAUCGACACGUUCUUUCGGAGUAUGAAUGGCGCAUAGAUAUUGUCAAAUUUUUCCUGGAUUUGGGAAUAUUUUUCUCCGAUGGAAGACGGAUACUAAAAUUGAGCAAGGAUCACUCUUCAGCCCUUUCACCGGAUCUUGUGCCAACGAUGAAAUCGUUGUUUUUCCACUGUUUGGAACAUUCAUAUCCAAAACUCACGGAAAAAAAAGCUUUUCUGUUGUCCUUUGUUGAUCAUGUACAAAGUAUUCUUCAAAAAUCGGGAAAUAAAGUGCUGCGUAUGGAACUGAGCGACGAUCAUCUGCAAUCGUGGAAUCGUAUGUACAAAAUAAUAACGAGUACAGAAAAGCGCAACAAGAAACUUACCAAUGUUUUCAACAUACUGAUGAUGUAUAUGGGGUUGCAUCUUUUCAGCGAUCCAGAACUUGCGAGCAGCUCGAUUGGUGAGCUGGAAAGUGUCAUGAAACGAGUCCAACAGAAGAAAAGUACCAGUAAGAAGAAUAAUAUGGAAAUUGAUCAAAGUGGAUCAAGCGGCGAACCAGAAUGGAUCGAGGUGGUCAUUGACCUAUUCCUCAAUCUGUUGUCUCAAAAUUCACACUUGCUACGGAAAGUUAUUGGUCAUGUUUUCCCGCAUUUGUCGAGUGAAAUGACAAUCACGGCGUUUAAUCAAAUUUUAUCCGUUAUCAAUCUGAAGGAUAAAACAAAUCCGCUUAGCGCUGAUGAACAGAAGAACGAAGAAGAAUCCAAUGGAGAUGACAUGGAAUCUGAGGAAGACGAUGAUGACACAAAUGGCGAGGAUUCAGAUGAGACUGGAGCUAGCGCGAAUGAGGAGGAUACAGAACAGGAAGAAUCGGAGCAGGAAGACGGUUUCACCGAUGACGAAAAGGAUGAUACAGUGACGGAAAAAAUGCGCAUGGCUAUUCAUGCGGCUCUUGGAGCAGCAAAACCUGAAACAGACACGGAAUCUGUCGACCUGGACGACAUGAACGAAGAGGACGGCAAAAGAUUGGAUGAAGCGUUGGCGGAGGCUUUCAAGAUGUUCAAACAGUCGAAGAAAACGAAGCCUACGAAAGCUGAAGAGCGAGUUGAGACAACACUGACGCAUUUCCGGAUGCGUGUAUUCGAUUUGAUCGAUAUCUAUCUGAAACAUACCCCCAAUCUGGUCAUCUGCCUGGAGCUAAUGCUAUACGUGUUUGAAAUGCUUCCUAUCGCAAUUAAAGAAACAAAGCAUAAACAAAUCCUUGAUCGAUAUAGACAGAUUUUCAACAAUCUCACAAAAGUAAAGCAGUCUAACAUUGAGGUGAAAGAUGUAUCGGCUGACCAGUUGUCACAAAUACUGAUUGAUUUGAUGGAAAAAGUAGCUAAGGGUUCUUCAUUCCCUGAAAAGAAUCAGUACCUUCUUAAAGCAUGCCAAUUCAUCGUUAUUUCAUCGCAACUUGUUGAGAAAAAUAACAACAACGGGAAGAACGCUAGAGUUGACAAAAUGUUCUCCCAAUACAUCAAAGAUUUUCUGAGCGAUAGAAAUCCGCCUCUCACGUUGAAUGUAUUCCAAACGCUGUUUCGAAUGGUUUGGACAGGGAACUGGCGAAUUGCUGAAUCAUUAGCUGAACAUGGUCUAAAAAAACAAACCAGAGUUAUACGGAGAACACAAACUCUACAGCUCCUGAAAGAACUUAUGAAGAAUCGCAGAUUGAUCAAUGCUAAUUCUCAGUCUGCAUUAAAGUCCAUCAAAGCGGUUGUAAAUAGUUUGAAUACCUAUAUGGAAGAAAUUAGCCAGUCGCAUGAGAUUUCCCAGAAUGAAUUUAACGAAUUAGUAGAAUUUUUAUUAGAAUUGCAAUGCUUACAAAAACAGAUUCCAAAUCUGCAAUGUGUAAAGUGGAAUCAAAUCAGUGCACAAAUUCAAAGCUUACGGCGAAUUAAUUUGAAUUCGCACGCAAUGAGCAACUAUUCACGACUUUGCAAACAACUACAGAUAGAGCCUGUAAAAAAUAAUCAAAUUAAAUUGCAGAAUGGAACGUCGAAACGGAAAUCCGAAACCAAUGGUGCGAUGAACGGAGACGAAUCGGACGAUAGCGAUGAUGAAGUUGAAAAUGUUCAAUCGGAGGAUCAAACAAAUGGGAAUGCAAAACGGAAGAAAAAGGCAAAUUCUUCAAAGCAGAAACGUCUUCGAAAAGAGGAACGCCUGAAAGCCGCAUCCGUUGGGUUGGAGACGGUGUCUUUCUUGCAAUAAAGAAAAUAAAAGCGAUCGGUUUAUUAUUCUUGAAGAGAAAUUCACAUGAUCCUUAAGCGUGUUGAUCCUGCAACCAUAAGGGUAGAUAAUUGUAUACAAUUUAUUGUAUGUGUUGUUGAGUCAAGCAUUAGCCUUUUGGAACCACAAAUUCAUUGUUCACACGAAGUUACACCUUAUUUGUACGUUUAGCAGAAUUCGAUCUUUACUCGAGUCUAGCAAGGGUCAUACUUUGAGGGACUGGUUAGGUUAGGAAUUUGGAAUUUUACCUGAGAUAGCAUCUGGUGUUCAAUUGGCUGUCGAAAGCGGACGACAAUGAGACAAGGGUACAAAACAAAAGGACCAAUAAAGAAAAAAGUACACGAAGGAAUUAAGUUCUUAUGCUAGAUCUAUUGAAACACAUGAAUCGACACCGCCCACCAGCGAAAAUAUCUGCCCAUCAACAAAAGCUGUACAACAACUCGAGAAAACUGGAGAUCAUAGACCGAGAGCUGCGUCCGUAUUUCAUCGCACUCCAGGAGCUAAAUCGAAUUUCCCCAACAAACAUCGAGAAAGUCCUCGGGGUAAAUUCCACUGGCGCAUGAAGCGGGGCUCCGUCUUACAACUCUCCGUUACUUUGGGUGGGACCUGCCAAUAAGAGCUUCAACGGCCCGCCGCCGUUCGCGAUUAACAACCCCAAAUGAAUCUUCGGGAAAAUUGAAUUUGUAGUCUUUCAAACAUCUUCCGAAUUCUUGCUAUCUAGAGCCAACCCGAUCACCAUCGUCAAAUUCAACAAAAUCAUCAUGAAAGUGACCGAAGCCUCCAUCUCAAGAACGAAAACCACUACGGGCAAAAAAGCGCUACAUUGAUGAUCCGAGGACAUAAAAGGGGAAGUCAAGAAGCGGAGGAAGUUUCUGCGUGCGGCCGAACGACUACCAGUCGUAAAUCCGAUGAACGAAGCUGCCAUGAACAGGUAUCGUGCGCAACACAUCAGGGUACAACCUAAUUGUUUGCGUGUCCGCUAUUAAGCGAACGUUCAUGAGCUCAUAACUCAGGGCCUUCAACUGACCAUCUUUGUGUGUUAUUCUACAUGCUACGUCCACGCCACAAUCAUCAUGUGACGGUAAUUCCAGUCCCUUAUCGCUCACAUUACGGUCACGAUCUGCUGCAUCGGUAAUUGGUGCUAUUUAUAACACAACAAUGAAAGCCUAAUAUCAACAGUUCCGCUGUGUACGGUCCAAACUGUGAACAUACGAACAAUAGGAAUAUUCAUCUGCCGAAAAAAGGCGACAUGUAUAUCGAUAGAAUGGGAAUACUCUUACGCCUAAAUGGCUAUUGUGUAAUAUACAACAUGAGAUAAAAAUGUACUCGAAUAAAUUCGGCUUUGUUACAGCUGAAUUGCUAAAUGAGCUUAACAAAGUAAACAGAUGGGAUAAAAUAAAACAGGGUACGGCAUUCAAUCCGGAUGGCGAAGCUAGACAGUUGACUGGUUUCCUGGAGUCUAUCAACGAGAACCAGUUUCCUGCGCACUUCUGGUGCAGACUAAACGCGCUGAAUAGGAAAAGAAGGCCACGUGAUCCCAUUCUUCAAGUGGACGGUAUAACCUCAGCGAUCCAGCAGACUCUUCAAACACGCUCGGGGAACAGUUCGCGGAAUUGUCCUCCAUCUUCAAAUAUUACCCCGAGUUUAUCAGAAGCGGCACAUCUUCGGUUCCACGCAGCUAUCAACGCCAUUGAUCAGAGGAGAGGACGAGAGGACUUAAACUUUCAGUGCUGAAGAGCGGCUGUAUGGUGAUAAUCGGCGAUAGACAUCAGGGUCUUAACUCCAAAAUCCAUCUAUACAAAAUCCACAUCCUUCGUCGAAAAACAUUAAAGAUCCUUGGACAGUUGGUCGACCACAAACUUAGCUUUCUCCGCCAUUUCAAGGUAUUUACGAAGAGCUGUGCGGUUGAAUUUGUUGAAAACUAGUUCCAAGCCGCACUCGCGGACAUCUGUCCGGUCUUCUAGGUUGAGGUGGCCGCCAUUUUCGAGACAAUCACAAUUCCAUCUCCCAAGCUGCUGCUGAUUGUUCCCGAUUCGGCAAGUGCCAUUCGCGUUAGCGGCAUUGAAAGUUCAUCUUCCAAUUAGUGGGGUGGAAAUGAUAGGGCUUUUCAUAUGGAAUGAUCAAACUUUUAAUAUGAAAAUUAUGAAUGAACAUUGUUUUUUCUGUAAUAAAUAUGUAUUAUAUAUGAUAGACUAACAGUUUUUUUUUGCAAAUUUUGGAAAACUAAACGAAAAUUGUGUCUGAUGAAUUUAUAUUGUAAUGAAGAGUUUCAGUAAAAAUAUCGGAAAAUGUAUAGACAAAGAGUUAAAUAAGGCCAUCUACACACUAGGCAACCUAAGAUGGAAAGCAACUUAACGAAUCUGUCAAAAAAGUUGAGAACAUGUGUAAUCAAAUGGGAGCAUACACACUAGGCAACUGGCAACUUUGGUCGGACCAACUUUUUCGAUUCAACUCAGCAUGUCGAGUCGCGCGCGAUUUGUGUCGGCAACCUUUUCGUUCAAUUGCUGUUGACGUUUUUUCUGAUUUCUGCGUUCAUUGAAUUUCAAUAUCUGUCAGUGGUGAUGCAAAACAGUGUUUACAAUAUUGGCGCAUCUGUUUCUAUGAACGAACGAGAUGAAAUGCCAUCAAUAUGCAAGUUCUCUUGAUAUACCGUCCGGGAAGAGUGCUUAAUUGGUCAAGGAUGCGUAUAAUAUUGGAGAUUGAGCAAGAAGCACAGAAUCCGCUGGAUGUGUUUUUUCCAAGUUAACAGCAAUUGUUGCUGUCUGUUGUUAUCAGCGAGCCGAAAUAAGUAUGUUAGGUAAAUAUGUCACCUUUAGCUUGAUGCCGUCGGUUAUAAUAAUGAUUCAACAAAUACCAACGGAUAUCCUAAGAUUGGAUAAUUCUGGUCAGAUUUCCCGGGAAACCGUUAUCAUCCCUGAUUCUCGAUUGUACCAUGUGCGAAGGUGCGGUCUGCGAAUAUGUGACCCCUGGGAGAAUUUUUCAUAUUUAGCGUUAGUGUAUACAUAAAUCAUUCUUUAGAAGAAUUGUUGAAAAUUUUUCUGUUUUCUUUAUAUAAUUCUUUUCGGCUGUAUUCUUAUUUCAAUGAUUUUUUUAUGUUUGUAAAUAGUGUUUGCUGGUUUGUGGUAUUACUCCAACGAAAAAUAAAUAUAUAAAUCCAUUUUUUAGAAAUA